ACCCAUCCCCCCCUCCCCAAAAAAACCCACACAAUCGAGAAGAUUAUUUUUUUAAAAACCCAAUACCAGAGAUGAUCUGAGCGAGUGCAGAGUGCACCAGAGUCCAGCCUGGGGCAACUUGAGCUGCCGCCGCCGCGCGCAGGAAAUGGAACGGGAGCCAUAUUUGGAGGCGGCCGAGUGAAGGCGCAGAGAGAGCGGCGGCUGGUGCUGCUUCGGAGCUUCCCCUUAUCCGGGUCUAUCUCGGGGGGUGGGGGGGAGAGAGACAUACUGGUCACCCCUACCGGUCAGAGAGGAGAGGAGAGGAGAGACGAGACAGAGAGCGCGAUGAGCUCGCAGUGCCGUGCGAGCGCUAGCGGGGAUAUCCUGCGGAAGAACCCGCAGUCGGAUUUCGAGUUGAUCCAGAGGGUCGGCAGCGGUACCUACGGCGAUGUCUACAAGGCAAGAAAUCUACAGACUGGAGAAUUGGCUGCAGUUAAAAUUAUCAAAUUGGAACCAGGAGAUGACUUUUCCAUUAUCCAGCAAGAAAUCUUUAUGGUCAAGGAGUGUAAACAUGCCAAUAUAGUGGCCUACUUUGGAAGCUACCUAAGCCGUGAAAAGUUAUGGAUCUGUAUGGAGUACUGCGGAGGUGGAUCACUUCAGGAUAUGUACCAUGUAACUGGACCCCUAUCAGAACUACAGAUAGCUUAUGUUUGCAGAGAAACUUUGCAGGGUCUGGGCUACUUACACAGUAAAGGAAAAAUGCACCGAGAUAUAAAGGGGGCAAAUAUAUUACUGACUGACCAUGGAGAUGUAAAGUUAGCUGAUUUUGGUGUUGCAGCAAAAAUAACUGCUACUAUAGCCAAGAGGAAGUCCUUCAUUGGAACCCCGUACUGGAUGGCACCAGAAGUUGCUGCAGUGGAGAAGAAUGGUGGAUAUAACCAACUUUGUGACAUCUGGGCUGUUGGAAUUACAGCAAUUGAACUGGCAGAAUUGCAGCCUCCAAUGUUUGAUUUGCACCCUAUGAGGGCGUUAUUCUUAAUGAGCAAAAGUGGAUUUCAACCACCCAAGUUAAAAGACAAAAUAAAAUGGAGCACAACAUUCCAUAGUUUUCUCAAAGUAGCAUUGACAAAAAAUCCAAAGAAAAGACCAACAGCGGAAAAGCUGCUGACUCAUUCAUUUCUAACACAACCAAUCUUAUCCAAAUCGUUGGCAUUAGAGUUGUUGGACAAAGUCAAUAAUCCCGACAAUCACCAUUUCAGCGAGCCAGAUGAUGAUGACCUUGAGUCACUCUCUGCUGUUCCUCAUACCAUUCGCUCCAGUAGCAAGAACGCGAGAGCAGAAAAGACACAGUCUGAGCUUAACUUUGACAAAAUUCAGUUUGAACCACCAUUAAGAAAAGAAACUGAGGCUCACUGUGAAAUGGAGGUAACCAAAGAAACAGUAUUUGGCUCACCCUGGACCUCGUUUGCAGAUGGAGGAAACAAGGGACACAUAGCGCACCUGGAUGAAGACUUUGAAAAUGAACCGUCAACACUUAAAAGAGUAGUUCCACCUCCCCUUCCACCAAAGCCACGGGUACAGAGUGCUUCUGAUCUUCCAGAUGAAGAGAGAUCACAAACAGUCAAGAGGCAACCUUGCACAGAAAAUGGGCCAUCAUCUGUGCCAAGAAGACAGAGUACUCCAACAUCACUGUAUCAAUCAGAGAUUCUUGAAACAUCCCUUCCCAGUAGCAUUAGUAGCCCUGGAUUACUUGAUAUCCGAGCUAAUGACUUAGGUGUUGCUGGGGGCCUUUCAAGCUUACCUAGUGGAACUUCUGAGCAUCCUCCAGCACUACCUCGAAGAAAAGAAAAGAGAGAAUUUCCUAAGCCAACAAUCAAUGGCCUUCCUCCGACUCCAAAGGUCCAUAUGGGUGCCUGCUUUACAAAAGUAUUUGAUGGAUGUCCUUUAAAGAUCAGUUGUGCUACAUCUUGGAUACACCCUGACACGAAGGACCAAUAUUUAAUCUUUGGAACUGAAGACGGUAUUUAUACGUUAAAUCUGAAUGAGCUGCAUGAAGCUUCAAUGGAACAACUUUUUCCUAGGCGAUGUACCUGGCUGUACGUUAUCAAUAAUAUUCUAAUGUCUUUAUCAGAAGGUAAAACCUUUCAGCUUUAUUCACACAAUCUGGUUGCCUUAUUUGAACAGGCCAGAAAACCAGGCCUGGCAUCCCAUAUUCAAACACAUCGUUUCCCUGACAAGAUAAUACCCAGGAGAUUUGCUUUAACAACAAAAAUUCCAGAAACAAAAGGCUGCCACAAAUGCUGCAUUGUGCGAAAUCCAUAUACUGGACAUAAAUACCUCUGUGGGGCGCUGCAGUCUGGUAUUGUCUUACUUCAGUGGUAUGAGCCAAUGCAAAAGUUCAUGUUGAUAAAGCAUUUUGAUUUUCCACUGCCAGACCCUCUUAAAGUGUUUGAAAUGCUUGUGGUAACUGAGCAGGAAUAUCCAAUGGUCUGUGUUGCCAUCAGCAAAGGCAGUGAACCCAGCCAGGUGGUCCAGUUUCAGACAAUAAACCUGAACUCCUCUUCCUCAUGGUUUACAGAAAUUGGUUCAGCUAAUUGCGAGUUGGAUACUAUCCACGUAACCCAGCUGGAAAGGGAUACAGUUCUUGUCUGCAUGGAUAAAAAUGUCAAGAUUGUAAAUUUGCACGGCAAAUUGAAAUCAAGCAAAAAACUGGCAUCAGAGCUAAGUUUUGACUUUUGCGUUGAAUCAGUAGUGUGUCUUCAGGAUAGUAUACUGGCUUUCUGGAAGCAUGGUAUGCAGGGUAAAAGCUUCAAGUCAAAUGAAGUUACCCAGGAGAUAUCUGAUAAAAGCAGAGUCUUUCAUCUCUUAGGAUCUGAUAGGGUUGUAGUGCUAGAAAGUCGACCAACGGACAAUCCUACAGCCCACAGCAAUCUCUACAUCCUUGCUGGCCACGAAAAUAGUUACUAAGCAACACCAAGGAACUUAAUCACGGUGACUGUUCCUUAAAAUGGGACAAACACAACAGCUUCCAAAUAUGAAGAUUCAGUGAGGGAAACAUAAACAAAAAAGAAGUCCGGCUGUGACUGCUGUAGCCUUGUUUUUGGUGUACUUUAAUAUUUGAUUCAAUCAUGAGGUAGAUUUUCUCAGCAAAGAAGUAAAUUUGGUAGCUGGAUAUGGCUUCAUUAAGAAAUUCAGCCACUGUGUGGUUGAUCUGAUAUGUCAAAUUUGCUUCAUAAAAGCUCUGAUUAACUGAAUUUAGAAAGAUCCAAUUUCUAAUUAUAAAAGCACAGUAAUUCAUAAUGAAAAUAUGCUGCAGUGUUCUUAAAGUGCCACACUUUCUCAUAACUAUCUUCUUAAACCUUAUAUUUUAUAAAUAUUUUGCAGCAAAAUUUAGUGCUUUAUAAUGUUCUAUGUUGUAUAUUAUCUAAAUUACUUUGAGUACUAAAUCUGUGUCUUUGGAAUCCUUCCCUUGCUUAAUAUUGCAACAAUUUUAUAGGAUUUUUAAUGCACCCACUGCAAGAGUGUACAGCUUGAAGUCUGCCAUAGUAUAGUGUUAAAUUGAAUAUUUAAAAGCUUUAUUUAUUAAUCUGCCAAUUGUAAGAAAGAUCAUAUACUUUGUGGGGGAAAAAAAAACAGGUAAUGUGUCAUUUAGUUGCAUUUAUGUUAUUGAAGCUUGGGGCUAAAAGGGAGAAAAUGUUUCUUUAUAAGCUGUUUGUAUGCAGAAGCAUAUUGUAGUAUAUAAUUUCGACCUUACACUCCUACACUCUUUGUACAAAGACACCAUGUAAGCACUUUCUGUCCAAUUUUUAAUUUGUAAAGCUUAUCUGUUUAGAUGCAACACUAGAACUUUUUCAUAUUUUAAUCUUUUCACAUAGUGUAUAGCAAAGGUGUUUUUAUACACGUGCAGUCAUAGUUUAUGAAAUGUAAUAAAACACGUAAAUUUUUCAAAGAUAAUUUUAAUUUUUAUUCUCCACAAUCUUCUGGCUCAAAUAAUUUGGAAAAUCAUCCCAUUUCACCAUUUAUUCUUUCAACUUCAAAGUUGGAAAAUGAUUUAUGUUACAAGCAGUGAACAUCUUUAAGUCACCAUUUUCAGUUUCUACCUCAACCUAUGAAAGGCUGGUUUCUGUGCCUCCACGUUAUUUUGAAGAUCUUUCAGCAAAUUUUAUUCAUAUACGUAAAAUUAGUCAUGCAUAUUAAAGACUCUAAUUCAGUGGAAUAACACUAAUUGUAGCAAAAAAAAGAAUUAAUUGUAGCUCUGUAAUAUGUACCUGUAAAUAAUGUAAAAUAAAAUAUUCAGUGCAUGGAUUCAAA